UCGAAAAUGCAAGGAAGUAAAAGAAAAACCACUUUUUACAUGAAAUAAAAGAUCAUUACUGAGUUAUGCAAUUAAAUUUCUAGCUACUGUAUCUCUGUGCAGUUUUGCCGUGGUCUCUUUACGGUCAGCUGAUUCUCGGUCACGUGUAUUUGACCUUUAGGCACCCGCCUACCCGAAGAGCUUUUGCAGGCUUCUUCCGAGUCAUGGCCCAAAGUAGGAGUCUUUUUGACGAUGUUAAAAGGGAAUUAGAAUGUUCUGUUUGUCAGGAGCAGUUUAGUGAAACUAACGAACCGAAAAUACUGAAAUGUCUUCACACUUUCUGCAAAUCGUGUCUGGAAACAUGGCUACGACAACAGGGGGGAAAGGCAAUGAGUUGCCCAAAUUGUCGUCAAACUACUGAAUGCCCAAACAGCAACGUGGACAGCCUUCCAUCCAACCUGUUUUACAAGGAGAUGAUGAACAUUGUUAAGGCUUACAGCGGACAAGGACAAGACGAUUCACCACACUGUGGAAACUGCGACGAAAGAAAGUCGCUGGAGUUUUAUUGUUCGGAUUGCAACCUCUUCCUUUGUGAAGACUGCGCUGGGGGCCAUAAAAAGUGGAAAGUUCUUAGUAGCCAUCAUGUCAAAGAAAUCGGAAAGUUCAAGCCAAGCGAUGCACACGAUUACGCUCGAAGAUCAAAUGUAUGCAAGAAACACAACGACGAAGUGCGGUUUUACUGUGAACAGUGCGUGAUAUGCAUUUGCCGCGACUGCGCCAUAUUGGAUCAUCGAAACCACAACAUCGUUUCGCUUGACGACGGAUUACAAAAGAAGAAAUCAGAAAUUGAGAAUAAGAUGCAAGAAGUCCAGGCAAAUGUUCCUCGUUUGAGGAGCGAAAAAGAAUCCCUAGUAAAGCGGAAAAUUGGAUUUAACAACAGUAUUGAACAGGCGGCAAAAGAAAUACAUAAAACAGCUGAACGCAAGAUAGAAUUGAUUCGCCAAUAUGAAGCAAGCAUGACUCAGCGACUGAUGAGGCGGAAAGAAACUUUCGAAGUUGCCUUUUCAAACACAGUGACCGUCUUGGACGAAAAAUCGAUGGAAAUAGAGAGCAGCUUGGACUUUGGGAAACACCUUCUUGAGAGAAAUAAUUUAUCGGAGAUUUUAAACGUGGAAAAAGUGCUUGAACGUAGGUUUCAAGAACUCAGUUUGGAGUCUUGCGCAGCUACCUGCAUGGAGCUAAAUUUCUCCAGGGUCAUAUAUGUUCCAAAUGACUUGUCGUCCCAGAAAGAUUCACCAGGGAAACUAUUUACGACUAACACCGAACCUUUAUUAUCAUCGGCCGAUGGCGUGGGACUGACAGAGGCCAUGCAAGGCGAAGGUUGCACUUUUACAGUCAUUACGAAGGAUUCACAGGGAAAUAAGACCUACAGUGAAAUUGACAGAGUUGAUGUUCGCAUCGAAUCUGUGAAGACACGAAAAACCGUGAAGGCCACCAUAACAGACUCACAAGAUGGCUGCUAUAAAGUAUCUUACAAACCUGAAGCUGCGGGAGAGUUUAAUAUACGCAUAACAGUAUCUGGUGAAGCAAUCAAGGGCAGUCCCUUUCAGUUAAGAGUGGAAGAAAGAGGAUGGCUGACUGUAAAAGAAAAAAAGAAGAGAAGAAGUGGAAAAUAAGUAGGUAAUGGUCACUUGACGGAAUUGCGAAUUUCAGCAAACGGAAAUUUCACAAACGGUUGCAGGCAACACGCGAGUUCAGUACAGAUUAUGUACUUGAUCCAAUUGGAUCUGACAAUGGCCAUGAACUUCUGAAAGUAACGAACCCCCUGAAAGGGGGGUAAGGGCUGCAAGAUUGUAAGUCCACGACUGUUAAGUGUUUUCCCUCGAUGAAUAUAGUUAUUGAUAUUAUACAGCAGUAAAAAUGUAUGCAUGCAUGCUAUGUGCAGUCAUUAAAGUGCCUAUGAAGUAAAAAAAUAAUUGCUGCUUAUU